AUGUCGGCAGAUUUGAUGGUGGCCCAGCAGGCAUGCUGCUGCAUCGAGAAUCCGCCAUUAUCCGGGGCAAGCACGGAUGGCGACAGCAAAAGCAGUGAAUGGAUUCGGCAUAUGGAGACACUGAGACGAGCCGUCCACUGCCUGUACAAUUUGUGCAAGGAGGAGCAGAUGCUUUCACGAUGCCAGGUUCGUCUUCGUAUUGAGCAGCAAAACUUCCAUUUUUCACGCACUGCUUCUGAUAUUGCCGAAUUAUUAUGUUUGGACUGUUUUUGGGUAUCGGUGUAG